GUGCUAGUUUCUAAAUAAAGCCUCGAGAAAGGCGCUCAUUACCAAAGGUCCGAAUUGUGCGAUCGCGCUUACGAGCCCAGUUUGUGUUGUGUUUUAUUUUCAUUAAUUGUCCUCACAGUGUUAGCGUUUCAGCGUAAACAGCACUAAACAACAAUGAGUGACGCCGAGAAGGAAUUCGUCGAGAGGGAGUCCCGUUCUGCCUCUAGGAGCAGAAGUCCUAGAGGAUCUGGUAAAUCGGCAAGUCGCUCACCAGAUCGCUCGCCUGCUCGCUCCAAAGAGGGUUCACAUCACUCCCGCUCCAAGUCCCGCUCUCGCUCCAGGUCCAAGACUAGAUCUCGAUCUCACCGGAGUUCCCGUAGACAUUAUAGCCGUUCCCGCUCCCGCUCUCACUCACGCCGAAGACGUUCUCGCAGUCGCUCCUACAGCAGCGAAUACCGUCGCCGCCACAGUCACAGUCACUCUCCUAUGUCAAGCCGUAGACGUCAUGUUGGUGACAGGGCAAACCCAGACCCAAACUGCUGCCUGGGAGUGUUCGGGUUGAGCUUGUACACCACAGAGAGGGACCUCAGGGAGGUCUUUUCCAAGUAUGGCCCUCUGAGUGAUGUCAGCAUUGUGUAUGAUCAGCAGUCUCGACGCUCCAGGGGCUUUGCCUUUGUUUACUUUGAGAACAGAGAAGAUUCCAAAGAGGCUAAAGAGCGUGCAAAUGGAAUGGAGCUGGAUGGCCGCAGAAUCAGAGUCGAUUACUCAAUUACAAAGAGGCCACACACACCUACUCCUGGAAUUUAUAUGGGUAGACCCACAUACGGUGGAGGGCCGAGCGUGAGCCGACGCCGUGAUAAUUACGAUCGUGGUUAUGAACGAGGAUACGAUCGCUAUGAAGAGCGUGACUAUUACAACAGCAGCAGGUCCUACAGGAGAAGGUCUCCGUCUCCUUACUACAACCGGGGACCAUACAGAUCAAGAUCACGCUCUCGCUCCUACUCCCCACGUCACUACUGAAAGUGGAUUUUGAGUGCUCCACUUGAAGAUAAUGACAAUGAUGUUGACAACGUAGAUGUUUAUUUCUGGUGCCAUGAGUUUAGAUGUACUUUAAACUCUGUUCCAUCUAUUUCUUACCUAAAGGGUUUAAUGUGACUUUGGACAGUCUGGAUGUUUGAGUAGUUGGAUAAAUAUUUUUGCACUGUGUUUUUGUUUCAUUUUGUCUGAUGCUGAGCUUCUUACUUUUGUUUUAUGUAAUGUGGUAAAGUGUCCAGCUCACACCCCAUUAUGUUUUUAUGCAUUUUAGGCUUAGCAGUGGUCUUGCAAUAAACUGCUUUAUAUACCUCUUA